CUCGGCCGCGGCGCGCGAGCCCGGAGUCCCCGCGGCAGGCGGCGGCGGCGGCGGCGGCGGCGGAGGGGUGGAGGCAGCCCGCGGCGGCGGUGGCGGCGGCUGCAGCGGCGAAAUGGCGGAGACCGUGGCGGACACCCGGCGACUGAUCACCAAGCCGCAGAACCUGAAUGACGCCUACGGGCCGCCCAGCAACUUCCUCGAGAUCGACGUGAGCAACCCGCAGACCGUGGGGGUCGGCCGGAGCCGCUUCACCACCUACGAGAUCCGGGUCAAGACAAAUCUGCCUAUUUUCAAGCUGAAGGAAUCUACCGUUCGAAGAAGAUACAGUGACUUCGAGUGGUUGCGGAGUGAAUUGGAGAGAGAGAGCAAGGUUGUAGUUCCCCCGCUCCCUGGGAAGGCUUUUUUGCGUCAACUUCCUUUUAGAGGAGAUGAUGGAAUAUUUGAUGACAAUUUUAUUGAAGAAAGGAAGCAAGGGCUGGAGCAGUUUAUAAACAAGGUCGCUGGUCAUCCUCUGGCACAGAAUGAACGUUGUCUUCACAUGUUUUUACAGGAUGAAAUUAUAGAUAAAAGCUAUACUCCAUCUAAAAUAAGACAUGCCUGAAAUUUGGUGAAAGGGUCAAAAAAACCUGUCUGUGACUAUUAAUGGUUCAUGUGCACCAGUGAGCAGAAGUUCUGACUAACCCUUAGCAUGCUGCGCAGAACUGCGGUAACAGCCUUCAGUAUACUAACACUCAUAUGCUCAGCCCGUUCGGUUUUGUUUGGCAGUUGAUAAGAAGUUAAUUUGCUUUAGUGAAAAUGCCUCGUUCCAGCCUCCCUAUAGAAAUAGCCUCUGCCUUUGCUGUCUUUCUGUGGUGUACACUGUGGCCUCAGACCCAUUCUCAGUGUAGCCCGCCGUGUCCUAACUAAAGUUUCCGGCUUGGUCCUACCCGCAUAAUUUUUGUGUCAUGUUUGCUUCUUGACUCUGAUGAACUAGACUGCUUCUCUCGACCCCCUUGUAGUAUGUGACGUCACUUUGCCUGACCCGUGUAGAAGCACUACGCCACUGGUUCCCAGGACCCUCCACGACAGGGGCACGCUGUGUGCAGAGCGUGUCUCCCUUCAGGCUUGUAAAACCCUCCACACGGAAGACCGACGAGGGAAGGCUUUAUACUCUGUAUAAAAACAAAAUCAAAUUUAUAUACUAAAAUCAUUUGUCUAAAAAUUUAAGUUGUUUUCAAAUAAAAAUGCAUUUCUGAUGUGCA